AUGGUGCACAAUAUAGACACAGCCGCAGCAUCGCCCUCGUUCAAAUUGAGCAGCGCCGGCGCCCCGAGUCCGCUACGCUCUCCCCUCAGCCGGAGAGACAGCAGAGACAUGGCAUCGUCGCACCGCCAAUCCUUCAGCGAACGCGGCAUCCCCAACUCCCCACGCCAGCGCAAUCCCUCCUUGUCGCAGCAGGCCAUCCAGGACCUGAUUAACAACCCUCCUGUCGGCCGCAAAGACGAUGCUAUACCCAAGUUUGCUGGACGCGACUGGCGCAGCAUCACCCUGGAAGAGAUCUUGGUGCCUGACGAGGUUCGCUUCGUAGAGGUCGACAGCACCAUUGAGGCCGCCACCAAGGUACACUACCAUGUCUUGACCUCGAUUGAAGCUGUGUCUGACGUUUCUGUAGNNCUGUUGAUCGAGUCUGGAUCGCCCAAUGUCAUCCUCAUCCGCGAAUCACCCUCGACACGCCAGGCCAUUGGUCAGUUCGACUACGACGACCUCAAUGCCUAUCUCCUCCUCGUUACCGGUCUCGCGCGUCCGCAAGACUCCGACUUUGAUCAAGUCGACAAGAUUGUCUCCCGCGCACGCACAAACCAGCCUGUAGAGCUUGGCCACGUCAAGAACCUACUCGGCCGUAAAGAGUCGCCUGCUUUCUGUGAUGCCUCGGCCACGUUGGCUCGCGCUGUAGAAAUCUUUGGUGGUGGUUGCCAUCGUAUAAUCGUACGCGCUCCUGGUUCAGAAGAUGUUGUGGGAGUCUUGAGUCAAUUGAGACUGGUGCGGUUCCUGUGGGAGAACCGAGCUAGCUUCCAGCCCGUCGAGCAGCUGCACAACCGCUCGCUGAAAGAGCUCGAGCUGGGCAGUCACUCGGUCAUCUCUAUUAAUGGCGACCGUCCACUCAAGGAUGCCCUGCUCCUCAUGCACAGCGAGGGUAUCACUUCGCUACCCGUACUUGACAACCACAAGAAUGUCAUUGGCAACAUUUCUCAUGUUGACGUGAAGCUUCUAACCAAUACUUCCGCCCUCCCUCUCCUCGACUCUUCUUGUAUUCACUUCAUCAACGUCAUUCUCUCCGAGCGUGGCAUGAACGAAGGCCAGGAUUCUUACCCUGUCUUCUACGUCAAUCCGACGAGCACACUUGCGCAUACCAUUGCAAAACUUGUCGCAACUCGUUCUCAUCGCAUGUGGAUCGUUGACGCGCCUUCACCUGCUUCUUCCAUCCCUCCCUCUCCACACCUUGGCCCUUCGGCCACCGCGCCUCCUCCCGUGCUCUCCCAGCUUUCCGCAACUACUGCAGGCCCGCCAUAUACGCCAGCUCAGCCCAACGUUUCUGUAUCGGCAUCGCAACUACCAGGAGCUACUCUUGGAGGCUAUCUGAACGGUGUUGUCAGUCUCACAGAUUUACUCAACCUUUUUGCUCGCAUGUCUGGACUCAGUCCCUUGGAUCCAGAUGAGACUAGACGUCGACGUCGUAGGAGCAGCAGUCACUCCUCCAUGCAAGCCAGUGUCGACAGCUUCAGGAGCAGUGUUGACAUUAGCCGUACUGGCAGUCAGCGCAGAUGA